AUGCAGAAUAUCAAGAAAGGUGGGCAAUCAUUUAGGUCUGGAAUUACUCUUUUGAGCAGUAAUUAUCCCAAAACAUCUGAGGAAAAAGAAUACAUGGCAAAGGCACCUUAUGCUUCGGUGGUUGGGGGCCUCAUGUAUGCAAUACUUUGCACUCGAUCGGACAUUUGCCAUGCGGUCGGGAUUGUAAAUCGAUAUCAGUCAAAUCCAGGACCUAACCACUGGGUAGCGAUCAAGAAUAUAUUCAAAUAUCUUCAGAGGAAUAUAAAUUAUAUGCUGGUUUCCAAUUUAGGUUUUCAUUUCUCUGUAAGAGUUUGGGUUUUGAUAGAAUAUACCAAGGUAUGCCGGAAAGGCAUUCGGACCUACAGAGAUGAUCCAAAUCUCGAGAGAGGAGAUGAAAUUUCGCCUGCACUUUCGAGAGCAAUUGAGGAAUCGAAGAUUUCAGUUGUCGUCUUCUCAAAAGAGUAUGCUUCUUCUAGCUGGUGCUUGAAUGAGCUCGUGCACAUUCUCAAAUGCAAGAAUGAAAGAGGUCAGAUUGUUUUACCCGUCUUUUACAACAUCGAUCCAUCGGAUAUUAGAAAACAAAAGGGGAGUUAUGCUAUUGCCUUUGCUGCACACGAAGAACGUUUUGAGCCCAAAAAAGUGAUGGAGUGGAGAAAUGCUUUGACUGCUGCAGCUGAUCUAUCGGGCUUUCAUUCACAAGAUGAGUAUGAGUCAGAAUUAAUUGAGAAGAUUGUGGAAGAUGUAUGGAGAAAAUUAAACCGUUUGCCACAAAUUGCUAUGGAUUCUAAGGGUCUUGUUGGAAUAGAUGAACGCCUUGAGGAAAUUGAAUCAUUGCUAUGCAAACCAAAUCCUCGUGGCAUAGGCCUUUGGGGGAUGGGUGGUAUAGGCAAGACUACUUUGGCUCGCGCCAUUUUCAAUUGGUACUUUUAUCAAUUUAAAAGUCGCUGCUUUCUUGAAAAUGUUAGAGAAAAUUCGCAGAAAUAUGGACUGGCUCAUCUAGAAAUCAAAUUGUUUUCAACGCUAUUGGAUCUAAGAAAUCUAGAAACAGUCGACCACUUUGUGAGAAAUAGACUCAUAGGUAAAAAAGUACUGAUUGUUCUUGAUGAUAUUGAUGAUAUAGACCAGCUGGAGAAAUUGAUUGGAGAUGGUAGUUGGUUUGGUGAGGGAAGUAAAAUCAUCAUAACGACAAGAGACAAACAAGUUAUUUUGAGUGCUGACAAGGAAUUCAAUGCCUUUUUGGAGCUGUCAGGAGCGUUAGUAAAUUAUACUAGAUGCAAUCCGCUUGCUCUUAAAGUUUUAGGUUCCUCCCUUCAUUCUCAAACCGUAGAAUAUUGGGUUAAUUCAUUGAACAAACUAAAAUUAAUUCCCUAUUCAAAAAUUCAAAAGGUGUUGAAAAUAAGUUAUGAUGGGCUAGAUGAUAAGCAACAAGAUAUUCUCCUUGAUAUUGCGUGUUUUCUUAGAGGGGAGACGAGAGAUUUUAUAGAGAGCGUACUAGAUAAUUGUGAUUUGUUUGCAAGUUCGGGGAUUGAAGUUCUCAUGAACAAGUCUCUCAUAACCAUUAUUAAUGGCAAAGUUUGGAUAUUAUUCACAUCAAGUAAUGUCAAAGUACACCUUACUCAAGGUCUGCAAUUUCUUCCUCGUUCUCUAAGAUAUUUGUGUUGGUAUAACUACCCAUCAAACCGAUUUCCAUCAAAUUAUAAGAUGGAAAAUCUUAUUGAGCUUGACAUGCCCUGUAGUGCGCUUAAGCAACUUUGGACUGGUGUACAGAAUCUUAGAAAUUUGAAGCGUAUUAAUCUUGGUUAUUCCAAACAACUCAUCAAACUUCUAGAUUUAUCUCGAGCUCCACAGCUAGAAAGUAUUAAUCUUGAGGGCUGUAUAAAUUUAGUUGAAGUUCCUCCGUUUAAUUUCCAUGGAUGUUUUGGAUCUCUUACACUACGUGGUUGCAUUAAGAUUAAAUCACUCCCAAAGAUAUCGGGAAAUAUCAAAUACUUGAAUUUAGACAAGACUGGAAUAAAAGAAUUGCCCUUAUCAAUUGGGCAUUUUGAAAGUCUUGUGGAAUUCAGCCUUCGUGGUUGUCAACAUAUCAAGAAUCUUCCCAUAGCUUCUUUUCCAGCUUUAACCUUUUUGGUUGAAGGAGAUAGAAAUGGUGUACUUAAUAAAAUACCAUUGUUGCUUAAUGUAGAGGAAGAUCCAAAGACAUUUAAUGAAGCUAUGACUUCAAGGGAUGCCUCCUUUUGGAGAGAGGCCGUGAAUGAUGAAAUGGAUUCAAUUAUAUCGAAUCAAACUUGGAUCUUGAUUGGAUCCAAUUUGAGCCUUUUAUCCUCGUUAACUUCGUUAGAUCUAAGCGAGAACCCAUUUGAGAACGUACCUUCAAGCAUCAUACAACUUCAUCAGCUGGUAACACUCAUCAUUGACAAUUGCAAGAAGCUCCGAUCUUUGCCACAACUUCCAUCGUCUGUUUGGCUUCUUAAUGCAAGUGGAUGUACUUCUCUGGAGACAUUAUCAAGUUCGGGGUGCUAUGGAUUCAACAUACGGCAUGUGACUCCUCACCCU